AUGUCGUCGAGCUACGACGAAACCAUGCUCGGCGAACAUAGCCAUGGCGACCAAUCUCACCAAUAUCAUGCUCAGGACAUGCCCCCUCAUGCUGAUUCAAACUGGCAACAGAAUGGCAACUUCAGAACCCGGACCCCUGACAGCAACUAUCGACCGCGGCCGCCCAUUUCGGCUCCAGGCACACCCAACCCGCCAGGAUGGGCUGAGGACCAACCGCCCCGCAAAAGCGUUGAGCGGAACAGAUCGCGAGGUCGGAAUGGGAGGUCUGUCAGUGGCCAGACGAGGACAUGCCAGGCGUGCGGUGAACCCUUGACGGGCCAGUUCGUUCGGGCUCUUGAUGGAACAUUCCAUCUUGACUGUUUUAAGUGCCAGGAUUGCGGUGAAAUUGUAGCUUCAAAAUUCUUCCCAGCCGAGGACGAGAACGGCCAAGGACAAUAUCCCCUUUGCGAAACUGACUACUUUCGCCGACUUGGCCUCCUUUGCUACCAGUGCGGGGGAGCGCUUCGUGGCUCCUACAUCACCGCCCUAGACCGCAAGUACCAUGUCGAUCAUUUUACAUGCUCACUGUGUUCAACGAUAUUCGGCGCCCAGGAUAGUUACUACGAACAUGAUGGAAACGUUUACUGCCAUUAUCACUAUUCGACACAAUUCGCCCAGCGAUGCAAUGGGUGCCAGACUGCCAUUCUAAAACAGUUCGUUGAGAUUUUCAGAAAUGGACAAAAUCAACAUUGGCAUCCCGAAUGUUAUAUGAUUCACAAAUUCUGGAAUGUGCGGUUGGCACAACCUGCAGACUCGAUACCUGCGCUUGAAAGUACGGACGAUGCUGCGGGUAGAGACCUUAUCCGUGAAGAGGAAGAGCGUAUGGAAGAGAAGGUCUUCCGUAUAUGGAGCGUUCUAUCGACAUUUGAAGAAUCGUCCGCAGCAUGUAUCUCUGACAUGCUGCUCCAUGUCAGCAACGGCUCAUAUGUGGAGGGUGUUUUUGUUGCUAAACGCUUCAUCUGGCACGUUGAGAUCUUGUUCCAAUCUGCAGAUAGACUCGAUGCAACGAUGGUGAGCUCAAACCAGAAAGGCAUGUCUUACGGGCGAGAAGCCAAACUACUAUGCAAGAAGAUUGUCUCUUUCUUUUCUCUUCUUUCGAAAACGCAGGACAGCGCUACCCACAAACUCGGAGUCACACAGGAGCUUCUGUCACUUGUCACUGGCCUCGCUCAUUAUCUCAAGCUCCUCAUCCGAAUUUGUCUUCAAGGUGCAUUGCGGCUUGAGCGUGAAGCGAAUUCCUCCACUGGUUUGUACCAGUUUCUUGACGAUUUGAGUGAUCUUGACGCAGUUAAGAACGAUGAUGGCCAGUUGUCAGUGACUGCAAGCGGCGGAAAGCUCUCUGCCAAUGACUCGGACCACUGCGCCCUGUGCCACAGAUCCGUCGAAGACGAGUGUGCUAAGAACGGCGAUAUGAGGUGGCAUCUCAACUGUGUUAGAUGCACGAGGUGUUCGCGUGAUAUAGGUCGCUCGUUGGUAGAAGCUCGCUUCAACACCCUUGAUCGCAAGAUUUACUGCACGAACUGCGCUGGGGCCAAUACACAACCGCUUGACCAUGUUUCAAAACUACAGCAAUACGUCUUCCUGCUCCGCGUUGCACUGGCACGGUUGUUGGAUAUUCUAAAGGCCAAUGGCACUCUUCCACGAUCCAAUGACGACUCCGAUAAUAACGGUUUCGGUGCUGCUGACGGACCAGGAGGGGAUCCCAGACCUCGGGGAGGGGACCAGUCACGCGGGCCUGGCGGCAGCAAACGAGAGUCGUCUUAUGAGAACACUCUGAAUGAUGUGCGCAGACUCCGAAGUACGCGACUAGACCGGCAUUUGUCUUCUAGUGUUCGACAGGCCCGAAGCUCUCGUGUGAUGGAUACGGAUGGUCGGGGACCACGCCCAGGCUCAGCUGGUGAUGCUGGCCCUGCUGGCCAGAACUCUACCGAUCUCAUGUUUGGACAGAACGACGGCAUCACACUGGAUGAUAUUCCAAGAAUCGUGGCUGUAGAGCAGUCUAGGGAACAGCAGCAAAGGUUGCCGCAGCCGUUUCAAGACCGCUCCCUAGAUGCUCCAUCCGCCCAGGGUCAUCAGCGAACGCAAUCUGCUGAUCGAGAGCGGUCCGAUCUGAUGCCCCGACAAAUUGGGCGAAAAUUCUUUUCUGAGCUCUCAGGUCUCGAGUACUUCAACGUCCGUCAUCUUGCCGUACUUACCAUGCAGCCCAUGAUUGAACAAGAAUUCUCUCUGGAUGAACUGCUCAGCUUUAUCGAGUCGCGCAAACAAGCAACCUUCUGGAAAAAUAUUGGAAAGGCCUUCAAGAACGAUAAGAACAAGAGCGUCAAGAAGAAGGGCGUGUUUGGUGUACCCCUGGAGAUCAUCAUUGAAAGAGAUGGCGCGGACUCAACAGAUGGCGUUGGACCGGGCACCCUUCGAAUCCCAGCAGUAGUUGAUGAUAUUGUCUCAUCCAUGCGCAAGAUGGAUCUCUCUGUUGAGGGUGUGUUCCGAAAGAACGGCAAUAUCAAGAAGCUGCAAGGCUUAGUGGACACCAUCAACACAGAGGGCUGCGACGUGGUCAGCUUUAUGGAGCAACCAGUUGUUCAGCUUGCCGCUCUUCUGAAGCGUUACCUGCGAGAUCUGCCAGAUCCCCUGAUGACCCACAAGCUGUAUAGGCUGUGGAUCAGCGCGGCCAAGAUUUCAGAUCAUGAGAAGAGAAAGCAAUGUCUUCAUUUGACCUGCUGUCUUCUACCCAAGAGCCACAGAGACUGUCUUGAAAUUCUCUUUAGUUUCCUCAAGUGGGCCGGGACGUUCCAUCAGUUGGACGAGGACCUUGGAUCCAAAAUGGACACAAGGAACCUUGCCACUGUCAUUGCACCCAAUAUUCUAACAAACCCUACUAAAGCGAUGGCCAUGGACAGCGAAGCCAUGUAUGUCAUUGACGCUGUGGAGAUGAUGAUCGUGAACAUCGAAGAAAUGUGUCAGGUUCCUGACGAGAUUCUCGGUCUCAUGAACGACCCCUACAUCUUCACCAACAGCGGAGACCUUACCACGAAGGACAUUCUGAAGCGUUUCCAGGAUAGACGGGGACAGAUUUCCAUUUCUGAUGUGAAUGAAGUUUACAACCGUCAGGACAAUUCCACCCGACCACCAGCUCGGCGAGUAGAAACUGACCCAGCGGUAUGGCAGGGCGAGGCCACCGUUCGCACGGUACAAGAUCCCUCGAUGCCUUUUCCCCCUAAUAAUGGGAACGGAACUCCGCCGGCGCGGUUCAGAGGUCGAAACGAUCUAAAUCCAUCACCCUAUGGGCACAACCAGUUCAAUCAGUCGGAUAGCCAGCUUGAUAGCGCCGAGCAUAGCAGAAGGCGUGAAUGGCGCAAUUCUGGCCUAGGACGACAGGGCAGCGGACUCGGCGUGUCCGGCAACUCAUGA